GACAGAAACGAAAAACGAUCCGUUUUUUUUCAUUUUCUGAGACCGGAAGUGGUCAUCAGCAAGUGCUAAGCCAAACAGAGUACAGUGCAUAGACUGUAUAUAUUUUUUCGUUAGUUUUCAUGGUCAUAAUGAGAGAUCAGAUGGUCGAUCUUAAAAUCAAUCAAUAUUGAAUUUUUUUUAUAGCGUUAAAAUUUUGCGAAGCCAGGGGGCGGGGCUACUUGACUUAUUGUCUGGUCUGGAAUAAUUGACAGGUCCUAUGGAGGAGACAGCCCAGACUCUGCUCUUCUAAUUUGGAAUGACUCUGAUACAACAACUGUUUGUUCAUUUAUCGGUGGAGCAGCAGAACAUUUUCCACAGACAGUUUUCCUGCCUGUUGGCUUGGUUUAACCUGUUUUCUACCUUCGGCUGAUUCUACCAGCAGACACUGAAAGGACUCUGAUUGUUCGGCGUCUCAUGUUCACUGUGAGGAUCUUCUGAGUGAAGCCAGCAGAAGGAAAACCUCAUCUGGUUGUGAAGAAGGAGACUGGAUGGAUGACAUCCUCAGUGAACCACUUCCUGUUUAGCUUUCACUUACAGAAGGACAGAGCAACUGUUUCAGCAGCUUAUUAUUCUGUGUUCAGCGGACAGGUGCUCUGCUUUGGAGUGUGACGAUGUUCUCGGUGAUGUGGAGAGUGAAGUUUCCGUUUCACCCACAGCGUGCUUUAGGACACCCGAGUCGGACUUGAUGUUAGAAACACUUACCGACAGCUCAGAUUUAACUGUAGUUCCGUUUUGAUGGAUGUUAAAUUUUCACUCAAAGCCACCAGGAGCUGGGUCUUUAAAAUAACCUCCGUCUUGUUACAGAGUGAAAGUAGCAGUUCCUCCUUAAGGUCAGAGAUUGCAGCAUCUGAGGGCCUCUUCAAAAGAAGACGUAGUUGAUGAAGGCGUUCUGGACAGGCGUAAACUAACCGUGAUGUCACCCGUUGGUUUCAACGCUGAUAAAAUGAAGCCCGGAUUUUGCUACUUCCUGGUCGCCAUUUUGGAUUUUUUGGAGCCAGUGACAUAAAAAGUGUCAUCAAACAGGCUGGACCUGAGAGCAACUGGGGGCAGGACCAGUCAAUGGGACUGUCAAUCAAGUAUAGCCACGCCCCCUGGCUCCGCCAACUUUAACGAUUUAUUUCAAAUUCAAUAUUGAUUUAUUUUAAGAUCGGCCACCUGAUCUCUCAUUUUGACCAUGAAAACUAACGGGAAAAAAUCCUGAGCUGUAGAAAAUCAGUCUAUCAGAUUUUAUUUUUUCCAAAAAUGAAUUGGGGUCUAUGGAGAAAAAGCUUUUUGGAGCAAACCCUAGCGGACGGCAUGAUAUUGCAAAUUUUUGACACUUCCGGGUGGGCUUCAUUUCUGGAGCCAGAUGCUACAUCCAUCUUUAUGUACAGUCUAUGAAUCAGUGCAGCAGGAAGUUAAAAUUUACUUCAUGAUGAUGAAUUAAAGCAAAAAACUAUCUAGACCAGGGGUGUCCAACAUGUGGCCCACGGGCCAAAACCGGUCCUCCGGAGGGUCCAAUCCGGCCCUGAAAGUGUAAAACUUCCAGAGAAGACAUUAAUUGCAGAUUGUAAAUUAGUAAAACUGUAAAUUUAAGAUAAUUUCUCAACCAUGACAAGUUGUUUGGAUCAUAAAGUAAAAUACUUGAUUGUUAAUUAUAAUUUUGUUGUUUUGUGUCUCAUUUUUGUAAUAUUUUGUCUUGUUUUUGUUGUUUUUUAUUUUUGUCGGAUUUUUGUCGUGUGUUACAUGCUUUUGGCAUUUUGUGUGUCCUUUUUGUCUUGCUUGUGUUUUUAGUCUUGUUUUGUGUUUUGCUUUGUCCGUCAUUUUGUGUAUCUUUUUUGUGUGCGUUUUUUUUGUCUCACUUGUGUUAGUCUCUUUUUGUCAUUUUAUUUCUUGUUUUGGCAUUUUUUUGUCUAAUUUUUGUGGUUUGUCCAUUUUUUUGUCGCUUUCUAACUUUUUUGUGUAAGUUUUGUCUCGUUUUUGUUUUGUUUUGUGGCGUUUGUCUCAUUAUUGUAAUUUUGUGUCUCAUUUUUGUAAUAUUUUGUCUUGCUUUUGUUUAUUUGUUGUUUUUUUGUCUUUUGUGCCGUUUGUCUCAUGUUUUUGUCAGUUUGUGUUUUGUAUGAAUUUGCUGGAAGAAAUAUUAAUAUUUGGGCGCAUUUUUGGGAGGAUAACUCACAUUAAAGAAUGCAAAAGAAACUUCAGCACUUUUUUAGUGUCAAAAUGUUGUAGCUCAAAGUCAGCUGACCUGAGACCAGCCCAGCUGAGCUCCACCUCCUGCUGUCCUCACUAAUGAAGCAGCUGGAGGCUCCUUGGGUUGGACUGAUUUGCAGGUGAGGAUCCAGAAGCGACCAGACAUGAACCUUCUGCUGCUUCUCCUCUUCCCUUUCCUCGGCGCUUAUGCUCUGAGUCCGGCCGAGGAGAUGAAGAGUGAGGAGCGGUUCUUCCUCAGCGCCCUCGGCCUCUCCGAGCGGCCUCGGCCGGCAGCAGCAGCCGGACGCCACGUCCCCUCCGCCCUGUGGAGGAUGUUCCGGAGGAGAGACGGCGCUGAGGCCGAAGACAGCGAGCCGUGCACGGUCAACGAGUACGGAGUCCGGGGGAACAUCAUCCGGUUCGUGCAGGACCAAGGCGGUUUGGCCGGUCCGAGCAGCAGCUGUGAUUCCUGCCUGGAGAAGCAGCUCUUCUUCAACAUGUCCGUCCUGCAGCCUGUGGAGGAGCUGUCUCUGGCCCAGCUGGAGGUCACCUUCCACUGGAAGCCCCGCCUACUCGCCGAGCUCCUGCAGAACCAGCGGGCCAUCGGCGUGUCCCUCUACAGGGUGAUCCGGUCCACGCUGAGGGGGGCCUGUCCUCAGGCCAACCGCCGCCUGCUGCUGUCCCAGACGGUGAAGCUUCAGCCGGAGUCGACGUCCUUGAAGAUGGACCUCACCGCUCUGGCAGAAGGUUGGCGCACACCGGGACGCAAUUAUGGUCUGGUUCUGGAGCUGCUUCCUCCCAGCGCAGACAUCUCCUACUCGGCUAACCUGCUCCCGCUGGGUCCGACCCUCGCCCUGCCGCUGGUCCAGGCCUCUCUGGUGGCCGUGUCCCUGAACCCCCACCAGUGUCGCUCCAGGCAGAGGAGAAGCACCUUCCACAUCCCGCUGCCGCGCAGCACCGUGUGCCGGACCCGCAGCCUCUACGUGGACUUCAUGGAUGUGGGCUGGCAGGACUGGGUCAUCGCCCCGCAGGGCUACAUGGCCAACUACUGCCACGGCGAGUGUCCCUUCCCGCUCACCGAGAGGCUGAACGCCACCAACCACGCCAUCCUGCAGACCCUGGUCCACGCCCUGGACCCCUUCGGCACGCCUCAGCCCUGCUGCGUCCCCAUCCGCCUGUCGCCCGUCACCAUUCUCUACUACGACAACAACGACAACGUGGUACUGAGGCACUACCAGGACAUGGUGGUGCAGGAGUGCGGCUGUCGAUGAGGACCUCCUCAGCUUCUCCGUCCCACGUUUAGCGUCUUAAACAGCUGCCAUCGGUCGUGUUUGUUGAAAUGAUGGGAUGUCCUGGGGGAUUUUUAAAGAAUAUAACAUUUGCAUUUGCUUGUUGUCAUGGAGACGUCCAAAAGUGUCUUUGCGUUUGAAAUCAAAGUGUUUUCCAGGGUAGAGUUUUAUUAAUUGAUGUCUCUGAAUAAAGUCAUGUGUUUUAAUGAACUUCA